AUGGCAGCCGCACCAGCCGAAUCGGAGUUGGACCCCGCAGGUCCCCAUGCGGCGGCUCACAUUGCUGUGGUUGUUCGAGUACGGCCACCUGUGGGGCCAGCAGAGAGGGAUGAGAAGCUGGCCGUCACCUGUACAGACGGUCGCAUCCAGGUGUGCUGGCAGCGCGAGCGCCUCAAGGACCCUUUGUACCAGGACGCCACCACCGCGCUCACCCGUCCCACAACCACAGCAAAGCAUUUUGACUUUGGGGCCUGCCUGGACGGUGAUGCAGGCCAGGCGGCAGUCUAUGCGGCGUGCCAGAUGUCAGCGCUGGUCAAGGAGGCGCUUGCCGGAUACGCCGUCACCACAUUCGCCUUUGGCCAGACUGGCGCGGGCAAGACGCACUCCCUGCUCGGCACUUCCCGCACCAUGCCAGAAGGGGGCAGCUGGCCUGCCGGCACCCCUGAGCCUGGCGCCACCUCUGGGGCUGCCGUCUCCGGCUCUGAGGACGGCCUGCUCCCCCGCGCUCUCCAUGAGGCGUAUGCGCAGAUGAAGUCAGGGCAGGCGGAGGGAGGCGUGCAGUAUAACCCCUCCAUGUCCAUCAUGGAGAUCUACAAUGAGAAGGUGGUGGACCUGCUGGCCAGCGCCAAGAGCGAGCCCCUGCCGGUGCGCCACUCCUCCAGCCGCGGCUUCUACGCUGACGGCCUCCUGCUGCUGCCCUGCCCCACCAUCCAGGACGCCGUCAAGGCACUGCGCCGAGGCCUGGCGCGGCGCAGUGUGCGAGCCCAGCAGAUGAACGCGUGCUCCAGCCGGAGCCACUGUCUCGUCACCCUCCACAUCCCCACAAGCGCACCCCCAGGACAGCUCAACGGAUCCGCCCCUGGCCCUAGAAGGCAGGGGCGGCUGUGCUUCGUGGACCUGGCUGGCAGCGAGCGCCUCAAGUACAGCGGCAGUGCCGGCCCGUCGCUGCAGGAGACGGGGAACAUCAACCGCAGCCUCUUCACGCUCGGCAAGGUCUUGGCGGCACUGAGCAGCAAGGGUCGCGACGGCCAGCCGCACCGCCGCAGCAGCUUCUCGGGCUUUGUGCCUUACCGCGACAGCAAGCUCACACAGCUUCUUGGGGACGGCCUGAGUGGCCGCGGUCGCACCUUGAUGCUGGCGUGCUGCUCUCCGACCGCCGCCAGUGCCGAGGAGACGCUGCAGACGCUGCAGUACGCCAGCAUGGCGCUGCACGUGCGCGCGGCCCCCGUGGUGGUGCUGGACCCAGCGGACCAGAUGCUGGCCGACCUGCGCUCCACCAUCCGCAGCCUCAAGCAGGAAAACGAGCACCUGCACGAGCAGCUGCAGCUGCUCAAGGCGGCGGGCCCUCUUGCAACCCCUCCCGACGGCGAUCCGCAAGAGCCGCCCAGCGCUCCGGCUGGAGCGACUGCGGCGAACGUGGCGGAGCGGCGGACGUCCGAGAGGCAGGCCUCCACGUCCGGCACCCCGUCCAUGUCCAGCACCCCCGGGGGAUCCUCACCGAAGCGGACAGACCAGCCAGGGCUAACCUCUCAGAACGGCAGCAGGCGAUACGCCCGAGAGCCCAGCCCGCCUAGCCGCAGCAAGCCGCGGCCUUUGCGGCCGGCUGGCAGAAGCGGGUCCUCACGGAAGGGCGGGGACGGCGGGUGGCUGGAGAGCACGUACGGGCAGCCGGCCCGGCGGCGGCCGCAGCAGGAGCUGCCGCUGGCGCGCUUCCCGCAGCUGGCCGCGCUGGAGAAGGACUUCCAAGAGACGCUCCGCCAGGCGCAGGCGGCAGGGGGGACCGCGGGCGGGCACGGGGAUGUCGCGCUCAGCCUGGGCCGGGAGGAGACACAACACAAAGAGAGGCAGGCCAGGGCGGCGCAGGCGGCCCGCCCUGCACCCGGCAGCAGGAGAGAUACAAGUCCUGUCAAACACCGGAGAGAGAAACAGGAGGGCGGAAGCAGAUUGCGGGGGGCGCGAGGGGGCAAUGUGCGGCGGGGUGAGCCCGCAAGACCCGGCGGGCAUGCGGAGUCGUCCCCCUCCCCCGAGCCGCUGCCGUUCUUGGCGGACGGCCGGCGGAGCCCGCGGGCGGCCGCGUGGAGUGCCGUGCUGGACGAGGGCGGCGGCGCUGUGCAAGCGGAGCCCAAGGCAGAGGAGUUCGCGGCGCGCAACCCGUGGUUCGGCCGUGACAGCGCCAUGACGCUCGCCGCGUACGCCGCGCACGACCACCUCGUCGAGCGCGGGCUAGACCCCGCCUCCGACGACUACUACGCAGGGAUCGAGCAGGCGGUCCGGCAGCAGUUCCCCGGCUACUUCGCGUUCGACGAGCGAGGCGCCGCCGCGGCCAAUGGCCCGCACACGCGUCACCGGCCCCGGUCCAAAAUGCACAGCGCCUGCCCCACCGUCCGGCACGCAAGCCCCGCCCGUCCCGGAGCCAGCGACGAAGCGGAGCCGGCAGCGCUGCCGCACGAGAAGGGCGACCCCGCGGGGUGGCCGGGCGCGAGCGGGGCGGAGUCGGAGCGAGGGAGCGCCUCGAGCAGCAGCCUGCCCAGCAGCGCGCGGAGCAGCCCAGCGCCGCGCGCGUCUCCCCACCCCCUCGAGUCGCUCGACAACCUGGCCGACGUGUUCCGACGGGAACGGCAGGCCAUCGUGGAGAGCCUGCAGAAGGCGCAGCACGCGGCGGAGAUCGAGAAGGAGACCAUCCUGGCGCAGAUCCAGGAGGCGCUGCGGCGGCAGACCAAGCCCAAGCAGGGCUGGAUAUGA